AGAUGCCUUUAAGUAUGAGGGUCUGUUUGUGACCUUAACUUUGUAUAAUGGAUUCACUGGAGGCAGGUUAAGGCAGAGACUUGAACAACCUCCUCCAGAAACAUAUGGCCCGAGGGGGACACAUUCAAAAUUCUUGAUUGAGCAAACAAUGCCUGCCACUCAGAAAGAGCAAGUCCUGAACAAAUAUAUGUAAAACCUGCAGAUAAAAGAAGCCGUGCAAGUGCAGGAGAAACAAACUUGCCUCGGAAAUAAACUCCCCUGAAAGCGCUAGAGGACCCUGAGUGUACUUGGUGUGUUCUUGGGCUAUUUGCCCCUAAAUCCAGUCCUAGAGUCAACUGAGAAAUACUGGAUCCUGGCCUUGGCGCUUAGAAACUACAUUACCCAGAAGGCCAAGCAUGGAAUGGCAUCAGGCGGAGCCAAUGGAGGCUCAGAGAAGGCAUUUCCGUUUGGGUGCUUCGUGAGGGCGGGACCGGUAAUCCUUGUGGCUGGAUUUCGUCUUCUCAGGUUUUUCUUUCAGGCGGUGAGGUUUUUCGAGUCCACAGUCCCGUGGAGAAGGCCGGAGAGUGGUGCUCCCCGCCUCACAGCCAAUGGUGGGAGCCGCCAGUGGUGCUCACAGCUCCCACCUGGGAUAGAAGCUCGGAGUCGCCACCCGGACCCACGCCAGGGCCGGGACAGGGACCGCCAUUCCUGCAGCGGCUUCUACUCCCGCCCGGCUCAGCCCACAGAGGGCAAUGGCGGCGCCCCCGCUGAGGAGACCGGCUGAGGUUGGUGUGACCUUUGAGGACAUUGCCUUGUACUUCUCCAGGGAGGAAUGGAGCCUCCUUGAUGAGGGUCAGAGACAGCUGUACCUGAAUGUGAUGCUGGAGAACUUUGAACUUAUAUCAUCACUGGGUUGCUGCUGUGGAGCAGAGAAUGAGGAGGCAGUGACUGAACAGAACUUUUUUGUGAGAGUUUCACAGGCAAGGAAUCCCCAGUUACCUUUGUCUUCCCAGAAGAGCCACCCCUGUGAGAGUUGUGGACUAGUCUUGGGAAACAUUUUCCACGUGACGGAGCUGCAGGGAACACAACAUGGACAGAUAAUGUUGAGGUGUGGGGCAUGUGCAAAAUGGUUUUACUUCAGUGUAAAUAUUCACCAAUGGCAUGUGAGAGAGAAGACUUUCAUUAGAGGUGUGGACAGGAUCUCCCUUGCAAACAGCUGCAAUUUCAAUGGGUCCCAAAAUUGGUUCACAUGCGGGGAGGUUGGGCAGGGUGUUCUUACCGAAUCAGGACAGCUCCACCUAAAGGCUACUCAGACCAGGGACCAUCCAAAUGCUAUUUCGACACGUGGGAUUACAUUUCAAAGGACAAAAAAUUAUUACGCCAGAAAAGAAUCUAAGAAAGACAUUACUUGUACCCACACGUUUAUUCAGGAAAAGGAUGUCAAUGUUGGAAGUGGAUGUUUUGUGUGCUCUGACUGUGGGAAAUAUUUUACCAAAUUUUCUAGCUUUUAUCUUCUACAGCAAGGUCACACUGGAGAAAGGCCUUAUCAGUGCAGUGAAUAUGGGAAAGCUUUUAGCAAUAGUAACAGCCUAGGUGAAUAUGAAGCUUUGCACACUGAAGAAAGGCAUUAUGAGUACAGUGAAUAUGGGAAAGCUUUUAGCAAUAGUAACAGCCUAGGUGAAUAUGAAGCUUUGCACACUGAAGAAAGGCCCUAUGAGCGCAGUGAA